CCCAUUUGAUGGGGCAUUGCGGUUGUAAAAUGGGGGUUUUCAAGGAAUAACGGUGGCGUAGGGGAAAUUGAGACGAGCCAAACAGAGAAAAGAAUAACUCAGCCAUGACCAACAAGGCAGUCAGCCGCAGCGACAAUUUCAGUAGGAUUAUUUCUGCAGUCAGAUUCGAAAUAUCCCGCGCAAUGUGUGUCGGCGCUGUUUUUCUGUUCGGAGUAGCCGCGCCUUGGUGCUGCAGAGGACGCCGAAGUCGGAACUACGCGCGGAGGAACACCAGCCUUCGGAGCGCGCGCGCGCGCGUUGAAAGCUGCGAUCGAACAGCCAUUUGCCAGCGACGGCACAUUCUUCUACCGUGGUUGAUGUUUCUCACUGCUUUGAACCCCCAAGACUCCACGGACUGCGGCUGCGGUCGUUUCAUUGCCAACUGUGACGAUGAAGCAGCUUCAUGGCCGGAGAUCGGGCGCCUCCCAUCAGUUUCCCUUUUCAGCAAUAGAGGCCUUGGAGGCCUUUCUACCUGCGUUGCAUCCUGUGGCUGGACCACUCCAACGAUCUCGGCAGAAUCGUUACACAGGAAGAAGUCUGGCUGGCCCCAAGCCUGGUGCAAAAUGAAGAAAUGGCACUCCACAUCAAUUCAUGUUUACUUGUCGUCAUAACCAGUCUGUUAGCUUAAUUUUUGGUUCUUCCUAUUGAAUUCUCAAGAAAGGUACCAACUCUGUCAUUCAUUGAAGACAAAUUUUUGCACUUGGGGAUGCAGCCAUGCACAAAGCCUUUGAGCUCAUUAAUAUCUUUAUUUUUAAAGAAAGUGCAGCUCCUGCGUGGAGCAAUAGGUUGAAUAAGACGAGGGUAAAUGAAAAGAUGGCGAAAUUAGUCAUCAACAGUUGUCCAACAAAGGAAGUCUCAAGCUGGAGGCAACAUCUUUGCAAGAGAACCAAAUGGCUCCAGCCUGAGACAUUCGUUGUUCAACCUGGCAAGUCUCCUUCUCGAAACAUUUCCUCUAGCCUGAGACCUAUAUCCUUUCCACCACCCUUGACCAACAAUACACCUAUACAUUUGGCAACCCGUGGAAAGGUAGCAAAUUCACAUUCAAGGAAAGGGAAUGUAGUGUGCACCCUGGAAGGUACCAUGAACAGUAUUUUAUUUACUUAAUGAAAUGCAGAUUUGCUAUCCAAUUACUUUAUAUUGAUCCUUUUUUAUAAUUGGACAGCAUGGUUCCUCAGAGAGAAUAAUAAUUCGAAGCUCACACAAUUUUGCUCCUUUAUGCCCGUUAAAUCUGUCCUGGUUGCUACACUAUCAGCCCUGUCUGCAAUUGCAUAGCAGUGUUUUGAGCAUGCAUCCAAAUUCAAAAGAAUAGUUAGGCUUCUACCUCAGAAUGUUUGCUACUGUGUUGCAGCUCGAAUUUUAUGUCUAGGUGGUCACUGUGAUGCCAUGUGCUUUUUAAAUAAGACCAAUAUGCUAUUUGAAGGGCAAUUAAAUGCAAUCUCAAAUGACCUCAGCUCGGGGAAUGACACAAUUGGAGGUCAAUGUGAUAAGGAGGAUUUGAUUUCUGAAAACAAGGCACUUAAACGGGAGAAAGCAUGACUAAUUUCGUCUAAAGAUGCUGCUAUUGGAUAUGAUCAGGGAAGGUACUUGUUCGUGGCUGCAUUUGCAACAUGUUACAUUGCUGGCUUUAUAUAUUGCACUGGGUACAGUGAAAUGUUGCUGCUUGCACAAUAUUCAACUAAACAUGGUAGCCAUGCUAAUGUGUCCAUGCAGAACACAACUCAUCCACUAAUAUGGACUACAGUGGAAUCUCGAUAAACGAAAAUCGCUUCGAAACUGCCGCUUAAAUAGGACACCAUCCUGAUAAUUGGUUGGCUCUCUGCAAUGUCUCUCAGUUAAUAUAAUGCCUGGUAAAUGGAACCAAUUUCCCUGGCACCUUGAGGCUCCAUUUAAAGAGCACCCACUGUGAAAAUAUAGGGGGGAUCGUGUUUGGAACUUUCGUAAAUGUAGUCUUAAACAAAACCGCAUUUCAGUGGGAGCGAAAUGCAAAAGCACCCGUGUACUUAGGUGCAUGUUAAAGAACCCCAGGUUGUCCAAAUUAAUUCGGGGUUACUCGCUAUGGCAUGUGUCAUAAUCAGAAGGUGGGUUCUGGUUCGUAAAAUACAAUAAUUUUUAAUAGCUUGCUCAGAAAUCCAGCACUAAAUUAUGUAGCUCGUUUGUGUGAUGAGUCCCAAUUUCUUAAUUUAGUACUUUGACAUUUAUCAUAUUUGUGUGCUAGUCCAUGCAAAAUACCACUGAUCGGCCUCAUUAUACCAGCCACUGUUAAUUAGGAAUGGCUUAGUCAAACAACUUAAACUUACAGCACAAACACCUAAGACGAACCACAAAAGGAAGAUACGACACACACUGGUGCUAACAACUUCUUUAUUUCUUCGUCGUCGAUGCAAUAUAAACCCUAGGCCACACUACCGCGCAGG